GAGAGCAAGUGCCUGUACAAGCCCUCUGGGGAAAGCAAGAAAGUGACAACAGAAGAAAGAACUCUUCUCAAAGGCAGAAAAGUGGAGUUAAAUAUCAGCUAAGCAGUCAGAACAGGGGAGAUUUCAAGCCUUUUAUUUCGCUUCUCGUUCUCAUGUCUGCUUCCCCUCAUUACCCUCUCCCUUUUUUGUCCUAACUUUCUUUCUUUUCAAUCGCGACGUGUGGCCUGGUCAAGCAUGCCCACAAACGGAAUCAACAGGGCCCUGAAGCUACAGUUUGGCCUCAUUAACCAUGAGAACCGCUACCUGACCGCCGAGAACUUCGGCUUCAAGGUGAACGCCUCCGGUACCAGUAUGAAGAAGAAACAGAUCUGGACCUUAGAACAGGAUGAGCAAGAUGGCCAAAUAGUGUUCCUCCGCAGCCACCUGGGACGCUAUCUGGCCUCUGACAAGGAUGGGAAGAUCUCAUGUGGGGCCGAGAAGCCCGACCAUGACUGCCAUUUCCUUAUUGUGCCCCAAUCGGAUGGUCGCUGGGCACUGCAAUCAGAGCCGUAUCUACGCUACUUUGGAGGUUCUGCAGACUACCUGUCUUGCUUUGCCCAAGUCGUUGGGGAACAAGAGCUGUGGGCUGUCCAUUUGGCUUUACACCCACAGGCCAGCCUGCUCAGUGUAGCACGUAAGCGCUAUGCCCAUCUGUCUGCCUCAGAAGGAGAGAUCUCUGUGGACAGCAACAUUCCCUGGGGAGUGGACUCCCUGGUCACCUUGGUAUACCUGGAUGGCAAGUACAGCCUAAAGACCUGCAACAGCCGUUUCCUCAGUAAUGACGGCAAACUGGUGAAGGAGAACACUAACGCUACAAGCUUCACUCUGGAGUUGAAAUCUGGCAAGCUGGCCUUUAAGGACUGUGAGGGGAAAUAUCUGACCCCCAUAGGUCCCACAGGAACGCUGCGUUCUGGCCGAUGCUCCAAGCCUGGAAAGGAUGAGCUGUUUGAUCUUGAGGAGAGUCACCCGCAAGUAGUUUUUCAAGCCGUCAAUAAAAGAUUUGUCUCGGUCAAGCAAGGAGUGAGUAUUUCAGCCAAUCAAGAUGCGGAGACAGACAUGGAGACCUUCCAGAUGGAGAUUGAUAAGGAGAAUAAAAAAGCUAUGUUUAGGACCAAUGGCGGAUCCUACUGGACUCUGGUCACUCACGCCGAGAUCCAGUCCACUGCCACAGAAGUAGAGAUCAACACAAUGUUUGACAUUGAGUGGCGAGGACAGAGAGUGGCACUCAAGGCGAGUAAUGGAAAAUAUGUGUGUACUAAGAAGAAUGGGCAGCUCUCAGCAGUGAGCGAUACAGUGGGCGAUGAUGAAUUAUUCCUGAUGAAACUCAUCAACCGCCCUAUGCUGAUCCUCCAUGGAGAGAACGGCUUUGUGUGUCACCAUAAGAACUCCAACACUCUCGACGCAAACCGAUCCGUCUAUGAUAUUUUCUCGCUGAUCUUCAACGACGGCGCCUACAACGUAAAAAGUGUGAACGCAAAGUUCUGGUACAUCUCGACCAGUGGCUUUGUGUGCACCGACGGAGACAAGCCAGAAGACUUUUUCCUCGAGUUCCUGGAACAUGGACGCGUUGCCAUCAAGGGUUCCAAUGGCAAAUACCUCCGUGGAGAUAAGGGAGGCACACUUAUGGGUGAUGGUACAUCUGUGGAUGCAUCUUCUCUUUGGGAGUACUGACCCGCUCAAAUGAGGGUCCUCAAUGAGGGCCGAGUGGUUGCACAACCCGCUUCCGUCAGCUUACAUGAAGUGAACUGAGUGAUGAACAUUUUCCUGCCUGUUUUUAUACUAGUUGCCAGGUGUUUGUCACUGUUUUUUUUUUUGUUUUUUUUUUUAAUUGGGAUGACGUGAAUACUAGUUUUCUUUCUGUAAAUGUUAAAUGUUUUGUCUUCCAAAUGAUCAACAUCAACAUGCCAACAACAAGCAGUGUAAUUUCACACAUUAAUGGAAUAAGAAAGUGAAUGUUCCAGUUCCUUCAGACACAUUUUGUUCGAUGUAGGUGGAGUGACAACGUUUAUCAGACACAAUAGUCAGACAGUGUAACAGUUAACAACUCACUGUGACACAUUCUUUGGUUAGUCUUUCUUAGAAUGAAUGUCUGUUAAGUUCCACAAGGCAAAUAGAUAAAAUACAGCGCUGGCAAAAUUCAACAACUAAUGAAACAUUUAGCAGACAUUAGUGAGUUGUGUUCCAACUUUUGAAUGAUUUUAAUAGUUUGGCACUGUGGAGUCAUUGGUGUAAUGCAUCAUUGUCUUCAAGAACAGAAACGGCUGAUGCCAGUGGCGUUUUCAUUUAUCUUAAAUGGACCGUACAGAGGUUUCAUAAAAGGAAAAUUACAAGCAAAAAGGAAAGUGAACUGGAGGAAAUAGACAGACAGUGUUCCAUCAGGCACCGCUGCAAUGCUGAAAAAUGUCACAGAAAUACACAGUCAUGUAUGUAGACCAUACAUGUUCAAAACAAGCGAGAUACCAAAGGAGGCGCACAUCUAAUGUAUUUGAUGGACUUAUACAUCAUACUUAAUAUAUCAGAUGUGAAGUGAUUCUCUAGUCUUCUGCCUAGGGGCCUUAAACCAUACUGCACUCUAUAUUCCUUUAUUAUUCCUUUAUACCCUAAUCUUAUGUUUACAGUUGAGCGGUAAGGCUAAAAUAAUAUAACAUAAUGAAUGAUUGUCCAGUAAAAUAGUGAAAUGCAUAAAAAGUGAUGCAGAAACAAAUGUGUUCAACAUUAAUCUAAAAAAGAAAUUGCUCAUCUUUUGUUUGCCCAUAUGAGAAGAUGGAAUGAAUUCCAUUCAUUCAUAAUAAGAAAACUAUGGUUAGGAUUAGAUGUUAGCGGUCAAAGUUCAAGGUCAGUAUGAUCACAAGUCCAUUCAAUCUUUUUUUAUGAAAUUGAUCAUUUAACAGCAAACGCCUCAGAUUUUACAAGAUGAGCUGAUCGGGAUUCAGUGGUGAGAGGUCAAAGUCACCGUCAAUGUGACUCGUUUCCAAAAAAUGACUUCUUUUUGCAAUUCAUGGACACAAGUUGAAUAUUGAAAUGCCGACACUUCCUGUCACAAACUGCACUAAAGUACAUUCUCUUCUCUUAGUCUCUAGAAACAUAAUGAACACAGUUGUGCAUGUUAACAAAUUCAGAAUAGAUUCAAGGCCGUAAGUUUAGAUUGAAACAGAUGUCGGUGUGCACUACAGAGGAAAUCUAAACUGUAUAAACCUGUGUACAAUUUGUCCUAUAGAUUGUGCUCCUUUUUUUUUUCUUUUGACCAAGGAGACAUUAAAUCUGCAAUAGUUCAAGAAUAAUUUCCAACCCAAUGGAUGUGUGAUGUGUGAAAUGUGCAUUUUAUCAAGAAAACUGUCUAGUAAGCAAGGUCUACGAGGCUUGGUCACCUAUGGACCCUGCAUCAGCUCUAUAUAGAAAGCCCCAGGCCAUAAAUGAAAUGUAUCUAAAUUAUAUACAGAUCUUUGUAGUGUCAACAUUUUUUUUGUUUGCCGAUAACAAUAAACACUUGACAACAUCAA